AUGGAUGACCUGCGUGAGCAGCCUGUGGACCUGGCAGCAAACACUCCAGUGUACUAUGUGGAGGAGCUAUCACCAUGGUUGCCAACACCUGUGUGCUAUGAGCAUGACUCAGAGUUCUGGUGGAACGUUGGGUACCUGCAUGACAAGUUGCUGCAAGAAGGUGAGAUGGGAGAGCCAAUGGGGAAGUUUGUGGCUAAGCUCAGAAUUCUUCUCCAGGAAGAGCGUGAGUUUUUGGGUCAGGCCAUCUACAUCAAGCCCAGUCCACAGGAGCAGCAAGCAACAAGGCGAGAUGCAUUGGAUGCUACAGCUUGCACUUCGAAAGCGCUUGUGUACUUUCUUGUUGCAGUGACGGACACCGCACGCUCAGUUUCCCGGUUGGACUUUGGCAAGGCAUAUCUCAAGAAAUUGGCUCUUCUGGCUGUGGGCAUCUUGAAUGCUAGUGGUGGUGGGCAUUCAUACCUCCGCAAUGGACAACAUAUCAAACAGGUCAAUUCCAAGUCGCAAGAAGAGAAAGAGAGAGAGUCAGAGUUGGCGCCUGAUAGCAUUGUGCCUUGGGAUGGUGCAAAUGAUGAUGUGCAACCCACAGCCCCUGGCAGGGCAAGAGAGCACAAGUCUGUGAGAGUAGACCCAAAUCAAGUUUGGGAAUGGUACCAAGACUCUGUGAACAUUGCUGGUGUGAGCUUCCCACAGCUGGUGAGAACCAAAGAGCGCUCAAAAGACGGAGGAUGCACUUCAGGAGCGUGCAGGCACUGGCUUGCCAAACUGCAAUCCAUGUAUCUCAAGAGAGCUUCCAUGGGGCUGCAAGGCGAGAAUCAUUACAACUUGAUUAGUGAUGCUGCCCGCCACAGUUGCAGAGAGACGUUGGUGAGUGCAAUUUUUUCGAGACACAACAAUAUUGGUGUCUAUUGCACAAGCCAGGUUUUGAAGAGUUCAAAAAUGGCACAUCCAGGAGAGAUUGAAUGCUCUUUAACUGUUGAACGCCUUCUGGCCACCCGCAAGCAAGAGCGCAUGGCAGCCUAUCGAUUCCUUCAGGGUCUAAGCCAUCAGCUUAGCCUGGUGACAAAUGGGGCUGUAGGAAUGAGCAGCUUCUUGUGUGACAAUCCUGCGCUUGGACAUUUGGACAAUGUUUUGCACAUUGUGAAGGGGCACAUGGUUUUUCUUGUUGACAAGGUCACAAAGAGAACAACUGCAACAGUGAACUUGCUGGACCUAGUGAAUCACAAUAUCCUCAUUGCAGGUAUGGAUCAGGGCCCAUCCAACAUGGCUGCAUGUGGGUUCCUUCAUCAGCAAGCCAUGACUCAGUUCUAUUUCGACCCAUUUCACAGGUGCAACCGUGAUUUGAAACUGGCUGCAAACAGUGUUGCGCCCAAGGCAGUGCGGACUCGUUUGUCUAUGGCCCAUUUGUGCUCCACCUACCUGUGGACAUUGUCGUACAAACCAUUCCGCCAAGGAGCAUUCUUCCAGGAGAAGACAGAACUCCUUGAGAUGUUCUUGAACUCGGAAGGUGAGGAUAGUGAACUGCUUGAGAGAUUUGCAGACUUGGUAGCUUUAGAUAUGGGUGUUGAGUCAGUGGACUUGUCAUUGCUGGCAGAACUGAAGACCUUCAGGAACAAAUCCAGCUGUGUCAAGUCUGGAAGGUGGUUCAGCUGGAGCAAUUCGGCCCAUGAUCACUUUGGUGAGUUUUGGGCGUCACGGAUGCUCCUCACAGCAUUGUUUCCAGAUGAGUGUCCAGACACCCGCACUACCUCUACUACAUUUGCAGAGCUCCGCAAGGAGGCUGGUGGUCUCAAACUUGCUUUGAAAUGCUGCAGUUGGAAUACUUGGUUCUCUGUCCGGGCAAUGAAACUUGCCAAUGAUGUCCUGUGGACUUGGUACAGUAAAACGGUGAAAAAGAUCAAGACUCCACAUCACGGCUUGGAGAGGUUGGCGCAAAUGGCAGAUGGCCAAUGGAUGUCAGAUGCCCAAUUCACAGGUUUGAUCAACUUGUUCAGUGACUGGGGAGACUUUGAAACGGUGCUUCAAUAUGAUAAAUGUUCCUUGAGGCAUUUGGAGCAAAGCAAGUUGCAGAACUAUUUGGAUGACCUGUGGUUCUAUGUGCUUGGCUGUCUCAACAAGAGGGCGUCUUCUAUGUGCAUGCACAACUCUCCACCGGAGGUGUAUGCUGCAGCUGUUGUGCUUGAUGAUCCUGUGAGGACUGUUGCUGCCGUGCAGUUGAUGAAAAAUGAUUGGGAUAUUUUGCGGAGGCUAGAGCACUCAAAGAGUCAGAGCACUUCAGAGAUCCUGGAUGAUGUGAGAUACACGGUCUCCAAACCAAUGAGGUUGGUUUAUCAACUCUACCAAGCUGAUCUCACGGAAAAGGGACGGGAUAUUCUGGCAAGCCUUGUGACCCGCCUACCAGACACCAAGUUUGUUGAAGAUAUUCAUCAGACAAUCCGUGGCAAAGCACAGUCUCAACCACAUGAGAAGCUCAACCACAGACAGAUCCAAUCCCUUGUGGAAACCUCUCAGACAUUUGAGAGUCGUGGGAUAUUGCACCCAGCUGCUUUGGACAAGAAAGCAAUGCUGUCACGAUGGGCAUCAACAAAGCCAAGUGAUAGCAAGCAACAGUGGAAGUUCAUCUUGGAUCAUUCAAUCUAUGUUGCCACGUCUUUGAUGCCAGUUUUGGCAAGUGAUGUUGGUCUGGUCUUGUCAGUGCAUGGGUGGGAGAAGGUCAUCAAGUGCACACUCCGUGAGCAUGGGCAAAGGCUGACAUUCCGGGAGUUGGCUAUCUUGGGUGAGCUUGAGCUUGAUGUGGACGUUGAUUCACUGAACAAGGACCAGCUUCUGCAAGCUUUGGCAUCGAAGGUGGGUGAUGAUGACUUUGUGGAGGAAAUCAAGAGACGGAUUGAGGAAAAAAAGAAGGUGCCCGAUGAUGAAUGUGAUGCAGAUGAUGAGCUAGCGGAAGCUGUGCUUGAGAUGAUGGACCAAGACGACCUCCAAGAGUUUGCAGAGCUGAAGCAAAAGGAAAAGAACAAGCGCAAAGCCAAAGCCAAAGCUAAAGGAAAAGCCAAGAUGAAAGCCAGGGCAAAGUUGAUCAAGAAGCAUGUCAAGCAGAAAGUGAAAAGACGGCUUAGCUUUUCUGCUGAAGCAGUGCCAUCUGCAUCAGCUGCUGCAGCUUCUUCCAGCAGACCUGAACUUGCUGAUGCAUCGUCUUUGCCUUCAGCGUCUGCAGAUCCACCUUCAGUUGUUGAACCAUCGUUGCCGCCUGCUGAAGAGCCAUCUGCAGCACCUUCAGUUGAACCUUGUUUGCCACCUCCAGUGGUUGUGAUGCCUUCUUUGCCUUUGCCGUCUUCAGCAGCUGAGCUGGAACCUGGCGUUGCAGAUGUGGUGCCUGCCAGCCAAGCUCCAUCAGAGGCUUCUGACAGGAGGCGUGGUGAGAGGGGGCCCAAUGUGCACAAGACGCCUGGAUCCUUGUCAGACAUCUCUCCACCAGGGUGCUCAAUUUCAUUGAACUGCAGCCUGACUGAAAGUGUUUCAGUAUUUGUUUGA